CGUUAAGAGGCAACGGGGCUGCCAAAGACGUGCCAAUGUAUAAUAUACGUAAAAUACAUAAAAAAUACAUUUUCGCCCUUAUUGACAGGCAGCGUGUGCCAAAUUUAGAAAAAGGAUGCAUGCAUGCUCAACUUGCUCGUUAGAAUAUUUGUCUGCCAAUCGUCGUGCAAUUGAUGUCAACUAUAAGCCGUGGGCCAUCGCGACCAAGCGAAUAAGCCUCCUUGUUUAACAUCGAGCAGCCGUAACUGUUUCUUCACAUCAUCGAACAUAAAUACGAGCACUUAAUGGAUUUGAAAAAAAUGCAUACCUUCAGUUUGACAACUCUGUUGGGUGUUUUGAUAUUCGUUCCCGGUUCGACGUUAAAUGCCAUCGAAAGCACAGCAGCGACGACGACAACGACAAUGGCGGCGAGCAUUCCAAUGCCAACGGCGUCAGCAACAGAAGUGGCAGCAGCCGCAAAAUCAUUUUCAACAGAAAAUAGAACUAACACUUUGAGGUGGAGUACAACGAGUCAAGAAUUUUUCUCGAUAGCGAAUUCGCUUAAAGCGGGUACAGUUCUUCGGGCUCAUUCCAUUAGUUCAUCCACAGGGGGUGGGCUGGAGGCCGAGGUUAAGGCAAAGUCAUCAAUAACAGCGUCAACAAAGGACGUAGGGCUGAAGGACGGAGCCGUUACUCGAAGUAGUGGAAAAAACGCUGUCGGAGAGGCAGAAGUGGCGAUAGCCAUUGCCGAUUACAACUUUGCUACAGAAAUUUCUACUACGCAAAUUACAAAAACACUUGAAAAGGCGUCACAAUCUGAAUUGAAAGAAGCCACAGUGACAUCAGCAACAGCAGGUAAAGCAUUCAGCGGAAGUUCAACGCAGUCAACAAGAAAAGUUGAUGUGACAACAAAGCGAACAAAGGUAUCAUUAAGUCGCUUAGUAACUGUUGAUAAGGAGAAUGGCCAGCAAGCCGCAAGUGAGAGAGGCGAACUUGGCUUCAACGAUAGGCAGAGCGACAACAAUAGAGUCGCUGUCGGCAGCAGCCGCUUCGCAACUGGUUGCGACAUUGUUUCCGAUAAGAACGAUAAGCGACGAAAGUUCAAAACAGCAGAAAUAUCAAAACGCCUCAGGCAGUGUGCGUGCCUACAGUCAGGUGGACAUACAUANUUCAGCGGAAGUUCAACGCAGUCAACAAGAAAAGUUGAUGUGACAACAAAGCGAACAAAGGUAUCAUUAAGUCGCUUAGUAACUGUUGAUAAGGAGAAUGGCCAGCAAGCCGCUGGUGAGAGAGGUGAGAGAGGUGAAAGACGUGAAAAUGGCGGAAGCCCAGGUGACCCAAUGGUUGCCGAGUCAACAACUGCUGUGACACCCGUUGCUGUAGUGACCACAAGAAUAGCACCAAUUUCAAAAACUGAGGCGAACUUGGCUUCAACGAUAGGCAGAGCGACAACAAUAGAGUCGCUGUCGGCAGCAGCCGCUUCGCAACUGGUUGCGACAUUGUUUCCGAUAAGAACGAUAAGCGACGAAAGUUCAAAACAGCAGAAAUAUCAAAACGCCUCAGGCAGUGUGCGUGCCUACAGUCAGGUGGACAUACAUAACAGCAAACACAAUUACAAUUACGACUACAACAAAAUGCUGAUUGAAGCCCGAGGUGGCAAGGACAAUAACAACCCUGACGUCAGUGCCGGCACUAAACACAUUAGUAGUGAAAAUACACAACGAUGGCCAAUGCAGCAGCCACAAACCCACCCUCUACAGCGUCCAAAGAUACAGAAAGGCGACAACCACACCGACACCGACAGCGACACCGGCAGCGAUAGCGAUAGCGAUAGCAGUAAUAACAGCAAUAAUUUCCUAUACAACAGCAAUAACAAUUACUUUAGUAGUCACCAAAAUGCUGCCAGCAAUAUACUCAUGAUGCAGCAACAACAACCACUGCGGCAGCUACGUCAACAAUACGCUCGUCAAGUGCAACAACAGCCAACCUUUUCAGCAAUAAUAUUAACACCGGCAACGUCGUCAACGACAUCAGCCAUCGCCGCAGCAAAUGAUAGCAAUUUGAUUAGCAACGUCAUUCAUUAUAAACAAACGCCGGCGAAUACGAACAAAUCAACGCUGAUGAAAAAUAGAAAAAGUACCCAGCCGAUGGAGCUCCCCUCUACGCUCAGUGUUAACAGCGUUUCAUUGACAACAGUGACGUCAAAGUCUGGAUCGAACGCGUUGGCUGGAGCAGCAUCUGGGGCAUUAGGCGAGCGCGAGCCUAUGAACGGCACUACAACCGCUUCUCCAUUUCCUACAGUGACAACCAAUAUAGUGAAAUCGACUACCAGACGCCCGCCACCAACCACCACACCAAGGCCAACGCCAUCCAUAGACGACUACCAGACAGUGAUCAGCCAGGCGGGCACACAUGCCUAUCUGCCGUGCAAUGUCAAGCAGCUGGUGAAGAAACCGAUAUCCUGGCUGCGUGUUCGCGAUGGGCACAUCUUGACAGUAGAUCAGACAACAUUCAUAGCCGACCAGCGAUUCCAGUCGGUUUUUGCACAAAACCCUGAGCGUUGGUCGCUACAAAUUAAGUAUGUUCAACUUAAGGAUGAAGGGACCUAUGAGUGCCAAGUAUCGACGGAACCAAAAUCAAGUGCCAUUGUCACAUUGCGAGUAGUGGAGCCGAGAACGGAAUUGAUAGGCGAGCCCACACGUCACGUCAAGGCGGGCAGCCAAGUGAAGCUGCGUUGCAUAAUUAGCCAGGCGUUGGAGCCGCCACUUUUUAUUAAUUGGUUUCACAAUCAGAAGCAGAUUUAUUUGCACAGUCGAAGGGGCUGGCGCACCGAAAUCGAACGCAUCGAAUUACCGCUAACAGAGGCCCCAACAACGACAUCGACAACAACGACAACAACAGCAGCAACAGCUACUUCUACGCCAGUAACAUCACCAGCAACAACUGCCCAAGUCGACGGUGCAACAACGAUGUCCGCGCCAGCAGAUACGGUGACACCAACAGCGUCAACAGCGUCAGCCACUUCAGCUGCAAUAACCACAACAACACAACCAUCGGAGGAGGCCAAUGAAUUUGACAGCUACAGCGAUGUUGUGCACGCAGGAACUGACGCAGCAGCAGUGCAGGCGACAGGAGCGCCAACUCUGGGUGCGUCGGCAACAACAACAGGAUCCUUGGCGAGUAUGCCACCUUCUGCGAUGGCGACAGACAGCGACGCCGAGGCAAAUGCACUGGGCGUUGGCAAUAGUUUUGCCUUUGGCACUGGCAACACCACUUCAUCACUGCUGGCAGCCAAGGCGGCGGCAGCGGCAGCGGUCACCGUGUCAACAGCAGUGCCAACCAUAACGAAGACAAUGAAUUGGCCGAAAACAACAACAACAACAAUAAUAAUCACAGCGAGUACUACGCUGGCAGCGGUGGAGGUGCGACAAAUAACGACGGCAUCAUUAAUAAUACCAUCGGUGGAAAAGCAGGACUCCGGCAAUUACACUUGCAGCCCCUCCAACAGCGCCCCCAAAACCGUUGUACUUCACGUGCUCAAUGGCGAAUACUCUGCCUCUGCGAUAACUUCGGGUGUCAGUGAAAAUGUUAUUAUUGGCAACGAUUGUAAGUGGCACAUAACUUUGUUGCUACUGCUGCUACAACAUUGGCACCACAAGCUCGCUGCAAUCCACACUCUACUGCGGCUUAUUGCAUUAGUACUUUGGUCGCACAUUUGGUCGCACACAAAACGGAGCACUUACACCAAAACAGCAAAAGCAAUAGCAAAUCUCGCCGAAAUGCACUCACUCGCCGACUUGAAACAGUUGAAGAACAUGGCGUGGGAUUUCCGAGAACUCUGCCCCUCACGUAGAGGACGGGAUGGGGGUAGCGCUUGUCGGCAGCCGACUGCUUUAUGCGGCCCCAGCAACAAACACACCAAAGGUGAGCUUCCCAUAGGCAACAUUGCCAGACAGGCAGGCAACAAUGGAAAUUGCGACGAUGGCAUUUUGGGCAUUGGUUGGCGAACCGCUAGCACGCAACGAGUGCUGGCCAAAAAGGAGAAAACUUGAGUGCGCCGGCACUUGCUUCGUGUUUAUCUUUAGGAUGUAGGAAGCAAUUUAUUGCUAUAUAUCUAUAGUUUAACUAACAAAGGAAUACAUUAGGUGCGACCAUAAGGUGAAACAAUUCGGAAACUUGGAGUGCGCAAGAAGCUUUCUCCUGGCGGCCGCAGCGAGUAUGGUUAGUACUCCUAAGUAAAACAGCAUUUAGUAUAGAUAUCUGAUAUCGUAUAAACAAUACAUAAUUUAGUGUAAUUUAGUUAAGGAAGAAUGGGAAAAUAAAGUUAAAAAAUGAUUUUAUAAAAUUUUUAAUACA